AGCUUAGCUCCUACCCAUUACGACACGUCACCACCCUUCCGCCUUCUCCUUUUAAAACCCAACUCUCCCUUCAAUCAAUUUCCACACCAAACCAACAUUUUUUUCUAUUUUCAGAAAUACUUCAUACAACUCAAUACAAAGAAGAAAAAAAAGGAAAUGGAAGGUCUUAUCCCUUUUGUUUACAGGGCUAUAGUCCAGUACAAGAACGGAAAAGAAGAUCACGUUUUAGCAACAUGGUUCAACGAGUCACCCUCGGCUUCUUACACGAGACUCCCCACCGGAGAUUCUGAUCGCUUCCAAAUAUCCGAUGAUCGAAUCUUUGAAUCAGAUAAUUAUAGGAAGUUUUCCACUUCAUCAUCAUCAUCAUCUUCCAUGGUUGCUCCUUCUGGUAGUGCUAAGAUUAUUUUAUCAACCGGAGUUCAAUCUCCUGCUGUCUGUCGUUUGACUCCUCGCCGCGUCGUUACAUGAAACCAUCGCAUGCUUAUGGGUUAAUCUAGGGUCUGGGAAUUUCAUGUAUGUAGAAAAUAUAUAUGUAUUUCUGUUUACGUUAAUCAUUAUGUAUGGGUACUUAAUAAGCGUAUGAAAAAACCCAAAGGGGGAAGCAUACGCUCAAAUGUUAUGGGUGUAGGGAGGCCAAAGGGAUGACCCUAUGCCUUUGUGUAUUGUACAUAGAUGGUAAUGUUGGAGAGAUGAUUUUAUUAAUGUUUGAAGGCCAAAGGGCUUCUAUUUGUAUGUUAUUGUGAAUCGUCGGUGGAACCAGAUGUAGUGAGAAUCAUCAGUUGAUGAAUGUUUUUUA